CUGACUGACUCGUGUGUGUUCGGUGGAUACUUAUUAUAAGGAUCUCGCGAUUGACUGGUGUUCCAUUCCUUCCCUUUCUCUUCGUCCUCGUCAUCACUUGCUUGCACUUUGAUAUUGCGCUACUAGUGAAUCCCUUUGUCUACCUUGCACCUGGCUGUGACGGGCUUGAGUUAAAAAUCCUUCUCUGUCUGCUACUGUUGACUGCCCUGGUUGAGGAGGCAAGAUGUUCCUCUUACCGAUGAUUCGUGGGUUUUUGUACAUUGUGCUGUGGUUGUUCUCCGCCGUCUUGCUCGGCCUCACCGCUACCCGGAUCCACUACACGACGCACCUGCCUCCAGGGGACCCUCUAAACCAAGGACGGCACUUCUAUGACCCCAUCGUCGCAGAACUAAUGGCGUGCGCCAUCCUCGCACUCCUCUGGGCUCCCCUCGUAGCGCACAUGAUCCAUGGACGCCGCGAGUAUAGGUAUUUGUCGAAGGUGUGGCAUGAACUUCUCGGGUUGUUCGUCCUUUGGGUUCUUUGGCUUGUCGGAGCGGCGAUUGCGACUCACAUAUGGCCGAACCUCCCUGCCUUCUGUUCACAAUUUCAAGCAUGCCGCGUGCUGACUGCGAUGCUGGCGUUUGCGUGGAUGGGAUGGAUCAUGUUGUGUUUGUUGAUGCUGACGACGUUGUUGUAUGCUGUGACGAAUAGCUCGUGGCACGAGCCUGCACAUGGACAUUGGGUGAGGAACAAUAACCCUAGGGCGAGCGAAUAUGGGAGCUCCUAUGUCGUACGUGCGUAAGUUUAGUCGUGGAUGGAGGAAGUAGUGAUGGAGUCAGGAUGGUGGAAUUUUGGGACGUGGAGCGGUUGCAUAUAGAAACAAGGACUGUUCUGAAGAGCUUUGUGCCUUCUUUUCCCACUUUCUUUUCUCUCCCGCAUUGUUGCAUGUUAUGAUAGUCAAUUUUGCUUGCUUUGUCGGAUCUGCAUCUGCUGUGCUUUCUUUCUCGCUGUUGAUAACUUGUCGAUGUGCUUUCUGUGUACAAUAAUAAUGCCCUGAAUGCAUUUGGUGUUUUUAGAGG